CAGAUGUGCUCAAAGCAGACAGCGCAUUCUGAGUCCUGGAAAUCACAUGGUGUUUUCCUAUGUGCUGCGUCCUGAUUGGGGUACGUGCGCCUCGAAUAACCCGCAUGCUGGUUGGCUGAAAGGCUCUCAUCCCAUCGUGGUAAAACAAACUCACUGCGCUCCCCAUCGAGGCGGAGGACGAGGAGGAGGAACUGUGCACGCCACCUCUGCUCACACUGCUUUCAUUUUGUGAAGUGUAAAGCUGUUUGACAAUAGUCGGCACUGACUGUGGAAGGGGGCUGUGGAGGAGGUGGACUACAGUGCAGUGAUGACGGGCAAAUCUGUGAAAGACGUUGACAGAUAUCAGGCGGUCCUCAACUCUUUACUGGCGCUGGAGGAGAACAAAUUCUGCGCUGACUGCGAAUCUAAAGGUCCAAGAUGGGCAUCCUGGAAUUUGGGCAUCUUUAUUUGUAUCCGCUGUGCUGGUAUUCAUCGGAAUCUGGGGGUCCACAUCUCCAAGGUCAAGUCUGUCAACCUGGAUCAGUGGACACAGGAGCAAGUCCAGUGUGUUCAGGAGAUGGGAAAUGCCAAGGCCAAACGUCUCUACGAGGCUUUUUUACCUGAGUGCUUCCAGCGCCCAGAGACAGACCAGGCUGCAGAGAUCUUCAUCAGGGACAAGUAUGAUAAGAAGAAAUACAUGGAUAAGGUUAUUGACAUCCAAAUGCUCAGGAAAGAAAAGAGUUGUGACAACAUCCCCAAGGAGCCUGUAAUAUUUGAGAAGAUGAAAUUGAAAAAAGACAUCAGCCCGAUGAUAGAUUCCCAGUCCGUCACAGACCUGCUUGGAUUAGAUGCCCCUGCUCCAAGCCCUGUGGUGUCUAAUGGUAGAGGAUGUGUUCCAGACAGUAAUGAGAGCCCAGUGGUGUCUAAUGCAACUCUGGCACAAUCUGCACUGGAUCUCUUCAGCUCUCUCCCAGCUCCCUCUUCUGCUUCCUCUACAAAAACCAUGCCUGUUUCCAGCUCCAUGUCUCAGAGCAGAGUGACAGCCUCAGUGCCUGAAAACCUCAGCUUGUUUCUAGACCCGAAACGUAAAGUAGAAGAAGGCACAGUCAAGAAACUGUCCAAGGAUUCUAUUCUCUCCCUGUAUGCUUCCACCCCCUCAGUGCAUGCCAGCAGUAUAGCUGCGCACGGUUUGUACAUGAACCAGAUGGGAUACCCGACGCAUCCGUACGGUUCAUACCAUUCUUUAGCCCAGGUGGGUGGAAUGGGAGGCACCAUGAUGACUUCACAAAUGGCUAUGAUGGGUCAGCAGCAGAGCGGCAUGAUCGGGGUUCAACAGAACUGCAUGAUGGGACAACAGAAUGGCAUAGUGGGUGCUCAGGGUGUCAUGGCUCAGCCUAGUGGGGCUGUGGCAUCACCAUACAUGACAGGGAUGGCCCAGGGCAUGAUGGGACAGCAGCAAAGUGGACUCUUGAUUCAGCAGCAGAAUGGCAUUAUGGGACAGCAUCAGAGUGGAAUGAUAGGACAACAUCAGGUUGGAGGUUUGGCCACGUUACCUCACCAGCAGGUUUAUGGAGUGCAUCAAACUCAACAGCUUCAGUGGAACAUUGCACAGAUGACGCAGCACAUGGCCGGCAUGAAUCUGUACAACACCAGUGGCACGAUGGGAUAUGGUAGCCAGCGCAUGGAAGGGUCAACAACUCAGAGCUCAGAACACAUGACUGCACACGUCUGGAAAUGAUCUCAUACGUCUCAAAAUUUAACACCCAACAGACUUUCCAUGAACAUUUUCUGAUGCAAGAGAGGAGGAGAAGACGGGUGUGAAGAAGAUGUGAGAAACAACUACUACCUCUCUUUCUCCCUUCUCUCUGCCCACGCUUUCUCUUGCCAUCAUAUCCAUAGCCAUGCUCUGCAGGUUUCUGCAUUUGCCUUCAGGACAUUUUAGUACUUUGACCAAGACUACAGGGUUCCGAGGCCACUGGUUAGGACCUUAUAUCUUUCAUUGUUUCUAGUCAUCAUGGGAGAAUGAUAGCACACUUCUGCUAUCAGUAGGUGUCAAGUAGCUGCUUUGGUUUUGUAGAAUUUGUGUUUUUCGUACAGCCCUGCGGUUGAGCACUGAAGUUAGCCUAGCUUUAAUAGUUUAUAUGAUUGAACUUUACCAAAACAAGGCAAAAAUGAGCAAGAGACAACACAAUGGUGGCUAAGUAGUUUUCAUUUCUGUAAACUAUGCGCUUACAAAGAUUUUAAACAUGUUGGCUCCAAAAAGUUGUGACACUUAAGUAGAAACCAUAUUUGAAGGAGCAGCUACAACUUAGCUAGUUAUCAAGCAUACAAAGAUUGUUAAUCAAAGUAUAAGUCCAACCAUUUUUUAAAAUUAUAUUUCCACAUUUGAGAGAAAUUGAUGCUGUUUAAUUUAACACAAACACCAAAGAUGUUAGCUAAGCUAGGCUAAUCUAGAUGCUAGCAAAAGUAUGGUCAAAACUUCUGUUACUGUGUAUAUCAAAGCAAGUAAACAAUAAACUUACAGAGAAGAAAUAAAGGUAAAGAUGACACAAUCCUGUAAUAUUUUCAAGAUAGAUUAAUUGUUGCUAUUUUUAUAUUUCCGUUUUUUUUCUUGUUAAAUAUAUGGUAACCUUACUUCGGAAUUUACACCAGUCUAAGUGUUUGAGUUUUUGUUCUGGGAGUCUUUAUCCAUUCUUCUCACAAAAGGCUUUUAGUCAGUAAGCUUACAUCCCAUCACAUAUUCCUAUCAUAAUUUGGUCAUGGGGACUGUGCUGUACAAAGGAAUUCAUUUAGCUUACAUAACACUUCUUGAGCUAAUCCAUUGUUGAUUUUGAGAUGUAUUUAGGAUUAUUAGCAUCCAGCCCUGUACUUUAAAGGUGUUUUUUUUUCUAACUUUGUCAGUCAACAGACCAUCAAACACAUCAGGUUUGCUUUGAUGUUUAUUAAAAAUCUGAUGAGCGGAGGUCAAGUUUUCUUCAGUUGACUCUUCAAUGACAGAGCUGUGCAGGUGUGGCAGUACUGAAGAACUGAGGAAAAACAAUACGAAAAUGUUCUGCUACAUGAUAGCUUUUUUCCUGCUUGUUUGCAUUAUUUAUUUUAAUUUCUAGACUGCUAGGCAUUUGUUUAGAUUGCAGGGACAAAUGAAAUUACAUCUCACAGCCUUUCCUAACAGUGGCUGUCAACAACUGGGCUGAUACGAGUUAUAAGAUCUGUAAAAGUUCCCUGAGAGCCUGUAUCUCAUUUUCCUUGCAUGGUGUUUCUUUCUUUUUUUACUGCACUGAUCUUUGAAUGUUCAGCAAUAUUUUAUCUUUAAUUUCAAGUCCUAUUACGAUCAGUUUAUCUUUGUGGCUUAGCAAUUGACAUGUUCACUGUAUGCAUUAUGCAGAUGGCAAAAGCAUCAAUGACUUUUUAUGCUUAUUUGGAAAAAUGUGGAAAAAAAAAUGAUCAGUUAAGUUGUUCUACCUUUCCAACAUUUAAAUUCAGUAAGUUCCUUUAUGUAGUGAUUAGUUCCUAGAUUAGUUCCCCACCAUAUCACACGCUAGAACGCUAGCAAAGCCUACCUAAACAACCUUUAUAUAUGAUGUCUACGUCUCAAAUUACAGAGGGCUUCAUUUAAAAUCAGUCUUAAUUUUUAACUGUACAAAAGGUCUAAACUGGGUUUUCGGAGACCAAAGAUCAACACAAGCUUUAUUAAGACUGUAUUCUAGUGUCCUUUUUGUAUAUCACCACUUAACUAGUGAUUAAUAGAAAAUCAACAGCAGUCUAUUUGGCAAUAUCUGCUCUUACAGAUCACUGUGCUAUUGCCUCAGCAAGGGUGGGGACACGUUAACAAAUGCAUGCUUUGUCAACACAUAAGCGCUCAUACACCUCAAGUUAAGAAUCUACCUUGUACAAUAGUGGCCUCAGAUAAUAUUGAAUGUCUGUUAGCGUGAAAGAAGUGGAGAGAGGUACAGAUCAGUUCCGUUUCAGAUGCUUCCACUGACCUGCAUGAAAAUGUUUAUCUAGCUCUGAUUGUUCGCAUUGUAUGUUUAAGAUUUCUGAAUGUUUCUACUGUACAUGGUGAUCAGUCUUUAACCAAGAACAACAAAAAAUAUCAGUGUGUCCUGAAUGUGUUCAUGAUUGUGCUGGACUCAUUUUGAGUACACACACUUGUGUAUUGCUGCAGUUUGCAUUUUAUUAUAUUUCUUCUUUCUUUUUUACUCUGUCAAGAUGUGCAUUUGUGUGUUUCUUGAAUGUUUUGUGGUUGAAAGCCUUUGUUUGCUUGUUUGUUUGUUUUUUGUUUGGGUUUUUUUUUUUUUUUUUUUUUUUUUUUUUUUUUUGGUGAAUUGUUGAAUUCAUCUACGUUUUGCAGGAACUGUCUAGUCAGGAGCAAACUGUGACCAGGCUGAAACAUUUUCAGGUUAUUCUGGAGCCUUUACAAUUUGGCCACAACUCAUUGUGAAGUGAAAAGGGAUUGUGCGACCAAAACCUGUCACUGCUCAGCGUUUGAGUUAUCCUUCUCACUCCUGUACUGAUUUCUACAUUCACCCUUUCAUAUAAAUGCAUGAAGUCAUUGCUGUAAAUAAACUCGGUCUUUCCACUUCUUUUUGUAAAAAAAAAAAACACUUCAAGCGUUAACCGCUGCCAAUAAACCAGCAGCCCAGCCUUCAGAACUUGAUACUUUACUGCUGUUUCUUUCAAAUUCAUCUAAUUUGGGAGCAGCUCAGGCAGGAGUCUGACAGCAGCAGUCACCUUUUCUGCAGAGUGCAAUAUUAUCCAAUGACUAUGUGUCGUCUCUGCACUGCAACGGUCGAUCUGCCAGAGAGUAAUGAGGUGUUUCUGGAAAGGCAACAAAAUCCAUCUCUGUAUGAGGCGACUAAGUUUAGGUUGCUUGCAAUCUGUUCCUUUUUCUUUGUUUUGUAUGUUUUCUGUGAAAUGAAAGCAAAUAAAGGAAUGUAUCUUUUAUGUACUUGUCAACCAAGAUAUUGUGCAUUUUAUUCUUUAUCAGAAUAUGUAUAUUAUGUUUAUAUAAAAAAAAAAGAUUGAUGAAUAUGAUAUAUGUAUAUUGGCUCUGCAUUUUUUUUCCUCAUGCUUUGCCUCUUUUGGUUUUGUCUACACAAUCUCAAUCAAACAAAAUAAUAUAGAUGUAAUAUAUACUUGUCUCUGUGAAAACAGGAAAUAAAUAUUGUUUCAUUAAA